CAGACGAUACCAGAUGGUAGAUUAAAAACUUUGAGGACAGAUUGUCGCAGUAAGAAAACAAGUUUUCUAAUGUGCUACUAAUAUUUUCUGUAGUGUUGGCUAGAACUCUUUGUUUUUAUCUUUUAAAAUUUAAUGUUUACAAAGCAAUUAUAAAAUUUAAUUUAUUUAUAUGGAACUUUUAAAAAAUAAAUAAUGAGAUUUGGGAAAAUUUUUAAAAGUUUACAGGAUUUAUUUUCCACUACUGUUUCUCACAUUUUCAUUUCAUGAUUGAUCUCUGUGAAAAUUAUUCUUAAAAAAACAACAACUUUAAAAUAAAUUAUAAUAAACAAUAAAACUAUGAAACUAUACAUUGAGAAGUAGAGAAUAUAUACGGAAUUGUCUCUAUACAUUACAAAGAGUUACUGGAUUGCUGGGGACACUUAAAAUUUUAUAAGCUUUGUGAACAAGGCGUAAUGUCCAUUGGAACCGAAGAAAGAACCCACAUUUUGUUGCUCUUGUAUCUUGACCAAUGGAGAUCGCAUUCCAUAUGCCAGUGCUGUGGCUUCUGCUUUCUCUAUUGAAAGGAAGUCGGCAGGGCGAACACGAGAGGAGGGUCCUGCGUCAUCUGUUCGAGGAGUCGGUUUACAACAAACUGGAGCGCCCCGUGGUCAACGAGUCCGAGCCUAUAAAUGUCAGCUUUGGAAUAAUAUUACAGCAGAUUAUCGAUGUGGAAGAGCGAAGUGAAAGUAUAGUUACUUCUUUGUGGCUUAGAAUGAACUGGACAGCGUCCAAUCUGAAAUGGAACAAGGAGGACUUUGGUAACGUGACCAGUAUUAGAGUUCCGAGGUCUAUGGUGUGGGUUCCAGACAUCCUUAUGUACAACAGUGCUAGUGAGAGUUUCGACAAUACUUACCCAACCAAUGUGGUCAUCAGUCACACCGGUGAAUGCCUGUGGGUGCCGCCAGGUAUGUUCAAGAGCACCUGCGCAAUCGAUAUUACCUGGUUUCCAUUCGAUGACCAGCGGUGUGACCUCAAGUUCGGGUCCUGGACUUACACCGGACAGUUGCUGAACUUGACCCAAGACAAGAACGGCGGGGACACCAGUACAUUCAUUCGCAACGGAGAAUGGAUUCUUAUUGGUGUUCCCGUCCAGCGUAAUGUCAAACGUUACGACUGCUGCCCAGAGUUCUACAUCGACUUGACCUUCACCAUUCACAUCCGGCGCCGGACACUCUACUAUGGCUUCAAUAUCAUCAUUCCCUGUGUCCUCAUCUCGUCCUUGACCUUACUGCUGUUCAUUUUGCCUCCCGACGCAGGGGAGAAAAUUUCAUUAGGUGUGACAAUACUUUUAUCCCUCAUGGUCUUUCUACUACUGGUGGCGGAGACAAUGCCACCAACAUCCGACGCCGUUCCACUCAUUGGUAUCUACUUCGCUUGUAUCAUGGUCAUGUGUUCACUGUCCAUCGUCUUCACUGUGGCCGUACUAAAUUUUCACUAUCGGUCUCCAGACACACACAUAAUGUCCAGAUGGGUCAAAUACUUCAUAUGUGGCUGGCUGGCCUGGUUGCUAAGGAUGAAGAGGCCAGGUGGUAGCACGACCAAGAAGGCCUUGACCCAGAGGGCACAGGUCAAGGACAUGAAGCUAGGGGAGCUGGAGGAUAAGUCCAAGAGCCUGAUGGCUAACGUGCUGGACAUGGAGGACGAUCCCAGGAUGGUAAACGGAAACACCACAGGCUUUCUGCUCAAGAUGGAGGAAGGGCUGAGCAUGACAUCAUCGUCCCUACGCCAUGACAUCACCAGCAUACUAAGGGAGGUCAAAAAGAUCACGAGCAAGUUCCGGAAGUCGGAAGAGGAGGACGACAUUAAAAACGACUGGAAGUUUGCCGCCAUGGUGAUGGACCGACUCUGCUUUGUCGUCUGCCUCCUUUUCACGGUCGGCUCCACAUUGGCCAUUCUGAUGUCGGCACCGAACCUUCUGACAUUCGAUGAGGACCACAGAUCAGUGUGAUUGUCUGUGAGAUUGUCUGUGGGAUUGUCUGUGUGAUUGUCAACUCGAUGUUAAAACACAGCAACGCAGUCUUUCUGAACUCACCAAAGUCCAUGCAAUACUGACGCAAUUUAUUUCCACUGAUAUAAUUAUCUUGUUGCAAAAGUGAUUUGCUUUUUUGGGGAUUCUUAUAGAAUCUUAGUUGGCGUCUUGUUUCCGUACUUAACUUUUCAGUUAUAGGUCUUGAAUAAAAAAGUAUAUUUGUUACUGCUUGUUUGAUAAAUUGGAAAAGAAAAUCAUAUUUGUCGAUUUGAAUUAAAAUUAAUUUAAACUUAAAUAGCAUUUACAUUAUUCAUUGAGCUAUAUACUAUCGAUAUCAGCUAAAUAUUCGUACACCUGUAGAACAGGUCGACAAUUCCUCUUAUUAGCUUGCUAAUUAUUGAUGGAUGGAGAGUGGUUGACCAUCUGCCAUUAAAACGGCCUUUACGAAUUCCUAAAAAUUUGACAGUUAUGCAUAUCUUUGAAAACAAAAUUACUACAGUGAAAUUUGUUGUUAGGACCGUCAUAUUUUUGCAAAAUAUAAUGACAAAGUAGUAAAAUUCGGUUUAUCCUGAACAGGGAAUUCCCGCACUUCCCUCAAAUGUUUUAUUGUAUUCAUUAUUCACCAAAGAGUUGAAUAUUUAAAUACAGGUGUGCACGUAGAGAUAAGCUGGACUGUUGAAAUAAAUUGUCUGUGGAAGCUUGCUAGAAAGACUCCUUGCAAUAUUGAAGUAUUACAAUAAAUGCAUAGAACGAGAAGUUAUAGAGUUACAGCAGCUCCAUAAAGCAGGAAUUGAUUUUAAAAAAACUUUUUAUAGUUACUUGUUAAACUUAACUUGUAGCUUUAAUAACAAUUGUGGGCUUACAUUUCUCUCUUUUACUAUAAUCAGAAACAGAUUUAAGGGCUUUAGAAUUAUGUUUUUGUAUUGUUUCAAAUCUACCACUAUACAUGAACGUUCAAAGCUAAAGAGUUAUUGGCUGAAAUAAGGUUUGACUUAAUUGCAUCGAGUAUUAUUCCGAUCCAUAUGUCUUUGUCUUGUAAGCUUUUUUUUUAUAUCAAUUAUGUAACUAUCGUUAUUCAACAACCAUAUUUUAUUGAAAUUUACACAAAUACUUAUAAAGAGUUUUUAUUUUUAGGUCAGAAGACAUUUGCAUAAUCUGAGCUUGUGAUAUUUCUUUUGACGUUUUCGUUUUAUAAUUAUGACCUUAAUCUUUCAUUCCGAGGUUUCGGAAAUCUGACCACAUAGACUGUAUUCUAUUUAAUUACACAAUAUAACUAUUCUCUGUUGUUUUUAUUAUUAUUAUUUUUGUCCGCAAAGAUUUUGUUGUUACAAGUAUUACUUUCAUAGUGUGGGACAACGAGGUCUUUUACUUUAAACUGUACGGCAAUGGGUCUGUACAAUUAAAAAAAUAAUAAUCUACGAACAAAGAAAGAUAACACAUCUUAAUAUUUCGUGAACUUCUGUCGACUAAGCUUUGACUUACCUCGCUUAGAAAUAUAAAAAUUAGAUUUUGCUAAUUGUAAUUUAGUAAUUAAUUUUUUUUUUCAGUGUUAAUAACGAUGAAAGAUCUCAAAAUUUUAUUAAUUGAUAGAGAGAUUUUUAUACCACUUUAACCACAAUUCUAAUAUUCAAUGGUCUUUUCUGACAGAAAAUAAAGUAAUUUCCUCUACUCCCAUAGAAGUCGGAAAAAAAAAAGAAAUGAUAAAUAAUUCUUGUAAAAUAGAAAUUAUAAGUUUUCCAGUUAUAAAGUAAAAAAGAAAAAACGUUAGUAUUUCAAGACCUGAGAAAGUCGACCUUUAACAGCAAACAAAGAGAUAUUUUGUUUUAGGUAAAUGCCUAACAAAAUGAAUCGACAACCGAAGACUAGUUGAAAAAAAAAAGAUUUAAACUUAUAUAGCUAUAUCCUACAAUGUGUAAGGCAUAUAACUUACAAAACAGCUUUCGAAGUAAGGAGCCCGGAUUUCAAAUCUUAUGAGAUAUUUUAAAUUGUGGAUUCGUGUGAAGUCAUUUGGUCCAUCCAGGACCCUUGACAUUAAUAGGUGUUAAAAUAAAUGUAUUAGUGCUGGCAACAUGGCACCAUCAUCGCCGUCUACAGAAACUUUACAUCUUAAACCACACAGAUCACUAGAGCGUAACAGAAGUCUGUAGUUACUAACUUUCCAUUAGCAUGCCUACCAAUGGCCUCAUUGACUUGGAUACCAUAAAUACUGAUAAAUCGAGAGAUAUAUCACAACUUUUAUUUGUUAUUAAUGUAUUUGAAAUGUUCCUAAAAUAAUUGUACUUGUAGAUUUACGACAAUGUUUCUAGCACUAGUAGUAUCAUAAGUUUAAAUGAAGCGUGUAAAUCAAAUAAUGAUACUUCAAGUUAAGAAGUAUUAGCAUUUAUACUGUCUUUGUCUUUGUUUAUCUUUUUUAAACUAAUUUAUCUCUCCUGUAAAACAGCUGUGUGAAAUUUUUCAAGAAAUAAACAUUUUAAAUUUACUCAAUACUUGUUGUACUGCUUUUU